AUGGUGACGCGGGUCUCGAUCGACGCCUCGACGUCCCGCAUUCGCCCGCGCAUGGCGCACGACGGUUUCACCGACGCCGACCGGGCGCACAUGCGCGAGGCGCUGCGCGAGGCGCGUCGCGCGUUGGACGCGUGGGAGGUGCCGUGCGGGUGCGCGCUCGUGCGCGACGGUGAGAUCGUCGCGCGAGGACGAAACGCGACGAAUCGAACUCGGAACGGAACUCGACACGCCGAGUUCGAGGCCGUGGACGCGCUUCUUCGAGCGCACGACGGCGACGUCGACGCGUGUGGGUUCGAGGAGAUGACGCUGUACGUCACGUGCGAGCCGUGCGUGAUGUGCGCGGGGGCGAUGAGCGCGCUGGGGGUGCGACGCGUCGUGUACGGGUGCGCGAACGACAAGUUUGGCGGUAACGGAACGGUGCUCGACGUGCACGACAGCGGGUGCGGGCGCUGCGACGGGGUCGGGACGAAAGGCGCGACGUACGAGAGCGUCGGUGGGUUAUUCGAGACGGAGGCGAUUCGAUUGUUUCAGGACUUUUACGUGCGAGGGAACCCGAAGGCGCCCAAGCCGCACCGCGAACUCCGGGCGUUCCCGGAAGCGAGCGCCGAGCGCGCGUAG